CAACAUACGUUAUACACACAAAUUGAGACCUCCAUAAAAUCAAGAAAAGUACGCCUUGUCUUUGGAGAGUUUCAUUUAUUGGUUCGCUGGCUGUAUAGCAACACACGUGACGUGUUGUGAGGACAGCACACAAAAGUUAAAGGAGGAGCGUGAAGCCAAGCGUGCCCAGCUUGAUGGAAGACAUGACUAUGUUCUCAGUAUUGUGGCCUCAUGCCUGGGAUUGGAGAAGGCUGAUGUCGAGGAUGCUAUACUGGAGGGAGACCAGGUCUGAUUUGUGAUAAAUCUUCAUCGGAUGGAGCAGUUUUUUGUGGCUGAGGGGCUUCUACACCUCAUGUUUUAUUAUCAAGAAGCUGGAUCAUUGGAUGGUGGAACACCAUCAUCAUCAUCCCUACAAUUGCCUCAGCCACCUAGUCAAAAUAAUAAGAAAAAAGUGUUUGUGACUGAUGGGAGGGAUGUGGCGCUGACUGGAGUGUGUGUAUUUUUCACCAGAGCUACUGCUUCCAAGGCGAUCACCUCUGAGAAUAUACACAGAGAAGUCAAUUUCAAUAUGUUGGACACCUCUGAAGGAGGGUUGCUAAAAAGUGUGGAGCAGCUGCUCUCUGAAGUCUUCAUACCAACACUGACAAAGAUGAAUCAUGGCUGGGGAGAGCUGGCCAGCCCUCAGGCCCAAACAGUUAAAAAGGACUUCAUAUCAUCACUGGAAAACUUUGUGUCCGUAUUGGCAGGGGCACAGGAGAGUCUACAAGAAAAGGUUACUUUGAAACCGUGUGACACAUUUGAUGUGAGGGUCCUGAAAGGACCAUCGGACUACAUGGCUGCAGCCAACAACACAGAUACCAUAGAAAAGGCAGAAGCUUGCAUGAAAGUCUGGAUUAAACAGAUUGAACGGGUAUUAGCUGAGAGUGACCAGUUGAGGAAAGAAGCCGAAGACCUUGGCCCAAGAGCUGAGCUGGACCAUUGGAAGAAACGAAUGUCUCGCUUUAACUACCUUCUAGAUCAACUUAAAAGUCCGGAUGUUAAGGCCAUAUUGGGUGUGCUCUUAAUGGCAAAGUCUAAAAUCAUUAAGUUGUGGCGGGAACUGGACACCAGAAUCACAGAGUCAGCCAACGAAGCCAAAGAUAAUGUCAAGUAUCUCUACAGUUUGGAGAAGUUUUGUGAUCCUCUUUACAACUGUGAUCCUGUAUCAAUGGUUGAUGCCAUACCGGGUCUUAUAAAUGCUAUAAGAAUGAUUCACAAAAUCUCUCGCUACUAUAACACAUCAGAAAAGAUUACAUCACUCUUUGUCAAGGUAACAAACCAAAUGAUAACAGCCUGCAAAGGGUACAUCACUAACAAUGGCGAACAUUCAAUUUGGGAUCAGUCCCAAAAAAUGGUAGAGGAGAAAAUCAGAGCAGCCAUCCAAUUAAACAAGGAGUAUCAGGAUUGUUUUCAUAAGACCAAGGCAAAGCUAGAACAAACUCCAAUAGAAAGACAAUUUGACUUCAGUGAGAUGUAUAUUUUUGGAAAAUUUGACACAUUCCAGCGACGACUCAACAAGAUCCUGGAAAUGUUGGGCACCAUUUCUACCUACUCGGCCCUUCAGGAUGCAAAAAUAGAGGGGCUUGAGACAGUGGCCACCAGGUUUCAAACUAAAGAAAUGCAGGCGAAAUGGGAGGCAAUAAUGCUGAACAUGAAGACAAAACAUUACAGUUUCCUUGACCAGAGAAGAACUGACUUUGAUGUGGACUAUGAGGAAUUCUGCAAAAGCACCAAUGAACUUCAUGAGCAGCUAAUAAAUUUUAUGGAUUGUACUUUCUCCAACAUUCAAACUACUGAACAAGCUCUUGAUGUGCUUAAAAGGUUUGAAAGACUGGGUAUCCCCAACCUUGGCAUUGAUGAGAAGUACCAGCAUGUUCUCAAGAGCUAUGGCUGGGACAUUGAAAUGGUGUUUAAUCUCUACAUGAAACAAAAACUAGACCCCCCAAUUGGCCGAGAUCUGCCUCCGGUGUCUGGCCGGAUCAUGUGGGCUCGGCAGCUGUACGGCAGAAUUCAGGGUCCCAUGGAUAUGUUUCAAAAGCAAACUGGAGUCCUUUCCAUACCAGAGGCUAAGAAGAUCAUCAGGAAUUACAACAGGGUAGCAACAGUUCUGCUUGAGUAUGAGAUACUUUACCACCAAAGCUGGAUGAAAAAGGUUGAGGACGCCAGGCCAGGACUAAAGGCCUCUUUGCUGAUCCGAUCAACAGAGACUGGAGAGCUAUUCGUGAAUUUUGACCCAGAGAUUAUGACACAGAUCAGAGAGGCAAACUGCAUGAGCAGGAACAAUUUGGAGGUCCCACCCUUUGCUGCUCUGCUGCAGCGUAAACAGGACACCUUCAAAAAGAACAUAAACAACUUACAGUUCAUGUUGAGUGAGAAUGCCAGAGUGCGUGGAAAGAUUCAGAGUGCCUUUGAACAACUGGCCAUGCCACAUGUAGCUAAGGUUGAUGAGGCAAUACAGCCAGGGUUAACCUCCCUAAAUUGGACAUCAAUGAACAUAGACACGUACCUCAGUAACAUUGAAAAAUCAUUGGAGAAUCUGGAGCUGUUGAUGGACAGAGUCAAUGACCUGGCAGAGUUCAGGAUAGAUGCAGUGCUGCAAGAUAUGAGCACAAGCACACUGUGCAUUCUCCCAGAAGAUGAACCAGUUACCUGUGAGGACUUUGCCAGGACCACCAGGGACUUGUGUAUAAAGCAAGCUCAGAGCCUGCACACAAAGAGUCUGCAGGUGGAGGAAGCCGCUAAUGAACUGAUCAACAUGCUGCUGGAGUUUAACCACAAUCAAAGGGAGGAGGGUGAAAAGAUCGAAGAAGAAAACUGCCCUAAGAGGAAAACAGAAGAAAGUGUCAACAGGGAAGAAGCCCAUUCCUUUUCUAGAAGCACCUUGCUACCUUCGGCCAGUGUUGGUUUGUCUUCCCCUUUGGUGAGGAGGAAGAAGAAGAAGGACCUGAUGCAAGCGAUGGAGGUAGAAGCCCAGGAACUGCUGUCAUAUUUCAACUACCGCAAUGUAGAUGCUUUGCUCAGACUGACGCGCAACACCUUGGAGAUGCUACGCAAGCGAAUCCAGACCUCCCCACUUGGCCACUUCAUCGGUGAAAACGAUUCACCCAGACGUGGGAGGUUUAACAGCCAGCAGGCCAUCUUUAAAGUCAAUGUGAUCCUCUCUAUCCCAAACAUUGCCAUCGUUCCAACUCUGGAGGAUGUACAGCAGGCAUUGAAUAGAGCGGUAGAAUAUGUGGUCAGUGUUAGCAAAGGAAUUGGCCAGUGGAACAAAGAAAGGAUAUCCAAGAGAAAAAUGAAUGAAAGAAGAAUAGCAGCUUUGAAGCCAGAAAGUUCUGAAAGUGAAUCUGAGGAUGGAACAACAACAUACCGCAGCCUUGCUGACGGCAGCGGGUCGGACAUAUCAGCGCAUGUGAGCCAAGCGAUUCCUUUGCAAGCCAGAAACUACUACAAGACUGUUUCUGAAAACAAAGAGAUUGUCAAACUGAUUUCUGUCCUUGGCACAUCAAUUGUCUCUAACAGAAAGGAGGUGAUGCAAGCAUUGGAUCGUUUCAGCAGUUACCAUCACAUUUGGAGAAAGGACCGUGGUGACACCAUGCAAAAGUUCCUUCAGGGUCAUCCAUUGCUGUCAGAGUUUGAGAGCCAGAUUCUCUACUAUCGAGACAUGCAACUGGAAAUAAAUUCAGAACCUGAGUGCAUCACUGUUGGGGCAUUGGCUCUAUUUACAGUGGGUUUGAAGAUGUCUCUAACUGCUGAAACCAAGAACUGGAUGGUGGAUUACGGGCUGUACUGCAACAGGAAAUAUCGUUCUGAGAUGGAUCAGAUCUUCACUUUCGUUGAUGAAGCAGGGAAAAAACUAAAUCGCCAGAUUAAAGAUCUGGAUGACAUUCGCAUUGCCAUGGCAGCAUUCAAGGAAAUCAGAGAAAGCCAAAUAGAUAUUGACUUUCAAGUUGGUCCCAUUGAGGAGUCUUACGCCAUGCUUCACAAGUAUGAGCUCUCGGUUGCCAAAGAAGAGGCAGAAAAAGUAGACACACUACGCUAUAUGUGGGAGAAGUUGCUGCUCCGGAGCACUGAGGUGCAAAAUGAACUGAUUGCUUUGCAGCCCAAAUUUCGAGGUGAACUUUUUACCAACAUGCAAGUAUUCGUGGAAGACUGUAAACAAUUUUACAUGGACUAUGACAAGGAUGGUCCAAUGGUGUUGGGGUUAGCACCUCAGGAUGCCAGUGAUAGACUUAUCAUGUACCAGAAUCGAUUUGAUAACCUGUUCAGAAAAUACAUCACCUACACAGGUGGUGAGGAGCUGUUUGGACUUCCUGUCACUCAGCAUCCUCAGCUCUUAGAAAUUAAAAAGCAGCUGUCGCUACUGCAAAAGUUGUACGGCCUUUACAACAAUGUCAUUGAAACUGUUAAUGGGUACAAUGACAUCCUUUGGGCUGACUUGCACAUUGAAAAAAUCAAUAAUGAUCUACUGGACUUUCAAACAAGAUGUCGAAAGCUACCUAAGGCUCUGAAGGAAUGGCAAGCCUUCCUGGAGCUCAAGAAAAUUAUAGAUGAAUUCAAUGAGUGCUGCCCCCUGUUGGAGCUCAUGGCCAACAAAGCCAUGAUGAUGCGGCACUGGAAGAGAAUUACCGAGGUGACAGGACAUACAUUUGAAGUUGAGACUGAGACUUUCAAACUACGUAGUAUUAUGGAGGCUCCUCUACUCAAGUACAAAGAGGAGAUUGAGGAUAUUUGCAUCAGUGCAGUGAAAGAGAGGGACAUUGAGCAGAAGCUGAAGCAAGUUAUUGUUGAGUGGGACAAUAAAACAUUUACAUUUGCCAACUUUAAAACCCGUGGGGAGCUCUUACUGAGAGGAGACAGCACAUCAGAGAUCAUUGCCAGUAUGGAAGACAGCCUAAUGGUUUUAGGAUCUCUUAUGAGCAACAGGUACAACACACCAUUUAAAGCUCAGAUACAAAAAUGGGUUCUGAAUCUGUCCAACACCACAGACAUCAUAGAAAACUGGAUGACUGUCCAGAAUCUAUGGAUCUAUCUCGAGGCUGUGUUUGUGGGGGGAGACAUCGCCAAACAGCUUCCUAAGGAAGCAAAGCGUUUUUCUAAUAUUGACAAAUCAUGGGUUAAGAUCAUGACACGGGCCCACGAUAUGCCCAAUGUGAUCCAGUCAUGUGUCGGAGAUGAGACCAUGGGACAGCUACUUCCUCACCUAAUGGAACAGCUUGAGAUCUGCCAGAAAUCUUUGACAGGAUAUUUGGAAAAGAAACGUCUGCUAUUUCCUCGAUUCUUCUUCGUCUCCGACCCUGCCCUGCUUGAGAUCCUGGGUCAAGCUUCAGACUCCCAUACCAUCCAAGCCCACCUUCUUAAUGUCUUUGAUAACAUUAAAACUGUCAGAUUCCAUGACAAGGUAUAUGACCGCAUCCUGUCUGUAUCAUCUCGCGAGGGGGAAACUAUGGAACUGGAUCGACCAGUCACAGCAGAAGGAAAUGUUGAGGUUUGGCUCAAUGCCCUCCUUAACGAAUCCCAAAGGUCUUUGCACAUGAUCAUCCGGCAGGCUAUCCUGGCCAUUCAGGAACCUGGUUUUCAGCUAAUUGACUUUCUCAAUGCUUUUCCAGCUCAAGUGGGCUUACUGGGCAUCCAGAUGAUAUGGACAAGAGAUUCUGAGGACGCUCUCACAAACGCUCGAUAUGAUCGUCGUAUUAUGGCUAAAACCAAUCAAUUAUUUUUAGAUCUGCUCAAUACUCUGAUCGACAUGACCACAAGAGACUUGAGUGCCAUUGAUCGGACCAAAUAUGAGACGCUGAUCACUAUCCAUGUUCAUCAAAGGGACAUAUUUGACGACCUUUGCCGACUGCAUGUCAAAAACCCUGGAGACUUUGAAUGGCUGAAGCAGUGUCGUUUCUACUUUAAUGAGGACUCUGACAAAAUGAUCAUCAGCAUCACAGACGUAGGCUUUGUCUACCAGAAUGAAUUUUUGGGCUGCACUGAAAGGCUUGUCAUUACGCCAUUGACUGACAGGUGCUACAUCACCCUUGCCCAAGCUCUCUAUAUGAAUAUGGGUGGGGCACCUGCAGGGCCUGCAGGAACAGGCAAAACAGAAACCAUUAAAGAUAUGGGGCGAUGUCUGGGGAAGUAUGUGGUGGUUUUCAACUGUUCUGACCAGAUGGACUUCAGAGGUCUAGGAAGAAUAUUCAAGGGUCUCGCUCAGUCUGGUUCGUGGGGAUGUUUUGAUGAAUUCAACCGCAUUGACCUUCCCGUCCUAUCGGUGGCAGCCCAGCAGAUUUCAAUAGUGCUUACAUGCAAAAAAGAACGCCGCAAAAAUUUUGUCUUUACCGAUGGAGAAAAUGUCGAGAUGAAUCCAGAAUUUGGUAUCUUUUUAACAAUGAACCCAGGUUAUGCAGGGCGACAAGAACUCCCAGAGAACCUUAAGAUAAACUUUCGGUCUGUGGCCAUGAUGGUUCCUGACCGUCAAAUUAUCAUCAGAGUGAAGCUAGCCAGCUGUGGCUUCAUAGACAAUAUGGAGCUGGCUCGGAAAUUUUUUACUCUCUACAAGCUCUGUGAAGAGCAGCUCUCCAAGCAGGUUCACUAUGACUUUGGCUUGAGGAACAUCCUUUCCGUGUUGCGGACUCUGGGAGCAGCCAAACGAGCCAAUCCCAGUGACACGGAGUCUACCAUUGUUAUGAGGGUCCUCAGAGAUAUGAAUCUUUCAAAGCUGAUCGAUGAAGAUGAGCCACUCUUCCUCAGCUUGAUUGAAGACCUCUUUCCGGGCAUACAGCUUGAUAAAGUCGGGUACCCUGAACUUGAGGCAGCCAUUGACAAACAGGUUGAAGGUGCAGGUCUUAUCUGUCAUCCACCCUGGAAACUGAAGAUCAUCCAGCUCUUUGAGACUCAGAGGGUCCGUCACGGCAUGAUGGCCCUGGGUCCCAGUGGUGCAGGGAAGACAACUUGUAUCCAUACACUGAUGAAGGCGAUGACAGAGUGCGGUCAGCCUCACAGAGAGAUGCGCAUGAACCCCAAAGCCAUCACUGCGCCUCAGAUGUUUGGUCGACUUGAUGUGGCUACAAAUGACUGGACCGAUGGCAUCUUCUCAACACUUUGGAGGAAAACACUGAAGGCGAAGAAAGGAGAACACAUAUGGAUUGUCCUGGAUGGGCCAGUUGAUGCAAUCUGGAUAGAGAAUCUUAACUCGGUUUUGGAUGACAACAGAACUCUUACAUUGGCAAAUGGAGACCGUAUACCCAUGGCACUCAACUGUAAAGUGGUGUUUGAGCCACAUAACAUCGACAAUGCUUCUCCAGCUACUGUAUCACGCAACGGCAUGGUGUUCAUGAGCUCUUCUGUGCUCAGCUGGAGCCCUAUAUUAGAGGGGUGGUUGAAAAAACGGUGCCCCCAGGAGGUACAGAUUCUGAGGGGCCUCUUCUCGUCAUCUUUCACCAAACUAUACCGCUUCUGUGUACAGUCACUUGAGUUUAAAAUAGACCUGCUUGAGGCUUUUGUCAUCAUGCAAUGCAUCAACAUGCUGCAAGGACUCAUACCAACAAAGGAACAGUAUGUCGACUUAUCUCAAGAGCACUUGGAGCGACUGUAUGUAUUUGCCUUGAUGUGGAGCACAGGAGCUGUCCUUGAGUUGGAUAACCGCAAGAAAAUGGAGAUGUGGCUAAGAGGACAUGACAGUAUCCAUCUAAACUUGCCUGAUAUCCCUCCUGACUGUGAAGACACCAUGUUCGACUAUUAUGUCACAUCAGACGGUCAGUGGGUCCACUGGUGCACACAAGUGGAGGAAUAUGUUUAUCCAUCAGAAAUAACCCCAGAGUACAGUUCCAUCUUGGUUCCCAAUGUUGACAAUGUUCGAACUGACUUCCUGAUACAGACCAUUGCCAGGCAGGGCAAGGCAGUUUUGCUUAUUGGAGAGCAAGGUACAGCCAAGACGGUCAUGAUGAAGGGCUAUAUGUCUAAGCUCCAUUCCGAGACACACAUGGGGAAGAGUCUUAAUUUUUCCUCUGCCACUACACCACUCAUAUUCCAGCGAACUAUUGAGAGUUAUGUAGAUAAGAGGAUGGGGAGCACUUAUGGACCCCCUGCUGGGAAAAAGAUGUCAGUCUUCAUCGAUGAUGUCAACAUGCCUGUCAUCAAUGAGUGGGGUGAUCAGGUGACAAAUGAAAUUGUUCGUCAGCUAAUGGACCAGAAUGGCUUUUUCAACCUGGAAAAACCAGGAGAAUUCACUGGAAUCAUUGACGUCCAGUUCCUUGCAGCUAUGAUACAUCCCGGAGGAGGGCGUAAUGACAUCCCACAAAGACUCAAAAGACAGUUUUCCAUCUUUAACUGUACACUUCCCUCCAAUUCCUCCAUUGACAAGAUAUUUGGUGUGAUUGGUGAAGGCUACUUCUGUGCUCGUCGCAGUUUUUCUGAUGAUGUUCAAAGCACAGUGUCCUCUCUGGUGUCCAUGACUCGUCAUCUUUGGCAGCUAACUAAGAUUAAGAUGCUUCCAACUCCUGCCAAGUUCCAUUACAUUUUCAACCUUCGGGAUCUCUCAAGGGUCUGGCAAGGCAUGCUUAAUACAACGGCAGAGGUGGUUAAUUCCACCCAGGUGCUGUUGGCAUUAUGGAAGCAUGAAUGCAAACGUGUGAUAGCUGACAGAUUUAUUAUGCCUGAAGAAGUGGAGUGGUUUGACCUAGCUUUGGCAAAACUGGUAGGGGACACGCUUGGCGAGAAGCACAAAAGCAUUGUGGACCUCGGUGUGGAUAAAUAUUUUGUUGACUUUCUGCGUGACACACCUGAAGCAACAGGAGAGGAGCCUGAAGAUUCUGAUAUGGAUUUACCCAAAGUGUACGAGACAAUUGAGACAUUUGAGAGCUUAAAGAACAGACUGAACAUGUUCCUCGAUCUUUACAAUGAGAGUGUUAGGGGUGCUGCCAUGGACAUGGUCUUCUUUCAGGAUGCAAUGAUACAUUUGGUCAAGAUAUCAAGAAUAAUCCGGACACCCGGCGGUAAUGCCUUAUUGGUUGGUGUUGGAGGUUCAGGAAAACAGAGCUUGACCAGACUGGCCUCAUUCAUCGCUGGAUACAAGAUUUUCCAGAUCACUCUUACACGCUCCUACAAUACGACCAACUUGAUGGAUGACCUGAAAGGUUUAUACAGGACUGCAGGACUGCUUGGAAAAGGCAUCAGCUUCCUCUUCACUGACAACGAAAUCAAAGAGGAAUCCUUCCUUGAAUACAUGAACAAUGUUUUGUCAUCUGGAGAGGUGUCAAACCUGUUUGCUCGAGAUGAAAUAGACGAGAUCCUAAGUGAUCUAGUCCCGAUCAUGAAGCGAGAGUUUCCAAAACGGCCACCAACCAAUGAAAAUCUGUAUGAGUACUUCAUGGCACGAGUUCGACACAACCUUCAUGUCAUACUGUGCUUUUCACCUGUUGGGGAAAAGUUCCGCAACAGGGCUCUAAAAUUCCCGGCACUCAUAUCUGGUUGCACAAUGGACUGGUUCCGACGCUGGCCUAAAGAUGCUCUUGUUGCAGUAUCGGAGCACUUUGUGUGUGGAUUUGAUAUUGACUGCUCACAACAAGUCAAGCGUGAGGUAGUUCAAUGCAUGGGAUCUUUCCAGGAUGGCGUGGCUGAGAAGUGUGUGGAUUACUUCCAGAGAUACCGUCGCUCAACCCACGUUACACCAAAGUCCUACCUAUCCUUCAUACAGGGCUACAAGAACAUCUAUGAGGAAAAGAGAGCUGAGGUCAAGAAUCUGGCCAACAGGAUGAACACAGGCCUUAAGAAGUUGAAAGAAGCAUCAGAGUCAGUAGCAGGACUCAGCAAAGAGCUAGAGGUAAAAGAGAAAGAGCUUCAGGUGGCCAAUGAAAAGGCAGAUAUGGUGCUGAAAGAGGUGACAGUCAAAGCCCAGGCAGCAGAGCGUGUAAAAGUGGAGGUUCAGAAAGUCAAGGACAAGGCUGAGGCCAUUUUAGAACUGAUCUCAGCUGACAAGGCCAUUGCUGAGCAGAAACUUAAAGCUGCCAAACCUGCAUUGGAGGAAGCAGAGGCAGCACUGCAGACAAUCAAGCCAUCUGACAUUGCAACAGUACGCACUUUAGGGCGUCCCCCACAUCUCAUCAUGAGGAUUAUGGACUGCGUGCUGCUGCUCUUCCAAAGGAGGGUAAACCCUGUGAAGCUUGACCAUGAGAAAAACUGCAACACUCCAUCAUGGCAGGAGUCUCUCAAACUCAUGACGGCUGGAAAUUUUUUAGGCAGCCUACAGCAAUUCCCCAAAGACACCAUUAAUGAAGAGAUGGUGGAGCUCCUGCAACCCUAUUUUGACAUGCCCGACUACAACAUUGAAACAGCCAAGAGAGUAUGUGGCAACGUGGCCGGGCUUGCAUCAUGGACCAAAGCCAUGGCUUCUUUCUUUUCCAUCAACAAGGAAGUCUUGCCCUUAAAGGCUAACUUGGCAGUGCAAGAGAAUCGUCUGACCAUCGCUCACAUGGAUUUUCAGAAAGCUCAGGCAGAGCUGGACGCCAAGCAGGCAGAACUGGAUGUGGUACAGUGCGAGUAUGAAAAGGCCAUGAUGGAGAAACAGACACUGUUGGAGGAUGCUGAGCGUUGCAGGUACAAGAUGCAGACUGCCUCCAGUCUGAUCAGUGGCUUGGCUGGCGAGAAGGAGAGAUGGACAGAGCAGAGUAAAGAAUUUGCUGCUCAGACCAAGCGUCUCGUCGGUGACAUACUCCUCGCCACAGCGUUCUUGUCUUACUCCGGUCCUUUUAACCAGGAGUUCCGUAACCUCCUACUCAUUGAUUGGCAAAAUGAACUGAAGCAGCGUCAAAUCCCGUUUGACAGCAAUCUCAAUCUGACCGACCUGCUUAUUGAUGCACCAACUGUCAGUGAGUGGAAUCUACAGGGGCUCCCUAAUGAUGACCUCUCGAUACAGAAUGGCAUCAUUGUCACAAAAGCUGCACGUUUUCCUCUUCUUGUUGACCCUCAAACACAAGGAAAAAUUUGGAUUAAGAACAAAGAAGCGAAGAAUGAGCUGCAGAUCACCUCAUUGAACCAUAAAUACUUCAAGAACCACCUAGAAGACAGUUUGUCUCUUGGUCGCCCCCUCUUAAUUGAGGACAUCGGAGAGGAGUUGGACCCUGCCCUCGAUAACAUCCUUGAGAAAAAUUUCAUCAAGACUGGAUCCACUUACAAGGAUCCUGCCCUAAUACGUCGGGAAAAAAUGAUUACGUCCACACCAGUAAAAAUUGGGGACAAAGAGGUGGAUGUCAUGAAGGGGUUCAGGCUCUAUAUGACUACCAAGCUGCCUAACCCAGCAUACACCCCUGAGAUCAGUGCCCGCACCUCCAUCAUUGACUUCACUGUAACAAUGCGAGGACUGGAAGACCAGCUUCUGGGCAGAGUCAUCCUCAAAGAAAAACAGGAACUGGAGAAGGAACGGACAGAUCUUUUAGAAGAUGUUACAUUGAACAAACGGAAGAUGAAGGAGCUUGAAGACAACCUCCUGUGUCGACUGACCAGCACACAGGGCUCACUAGUGGAUGAUGAAAGUCUGAUUGCUGUUCUUGCCAACACCAAGUGCACAGCUGAAGAGGUCAAUCAAAAACUUCAGAUUGCAGCUGACACAGAGGUUCAAAUCAAUGCUGCCAGGGAGGAGUAUCGACCUGUGGCGACCAGGGGAAGUAUCUUGUAUUUCCUAAUCACAGAAAUGAGCAUGGUGAAUGUGAUGUAUCAGACUUCCCUGAGGCAGUUCCUGGGACUUUUUGACCUUUCUCUGGUUAGGUCCUUCAAAAGUCCAAUCACCAGCAAGCGUAUCAUCAACAUUAUAGAGUUCAUGACCUUCGAGGUGUACAAGUACGCAGUGCGUGGCUUGUACGAGAAGCACAAGUUUCUUUUUACUCUUCUCUUGACUUUGAAGAUCGACAUGCAAUGUAGCAAGGUCAAGCAUGAGGAGUUUCUCACACUAAUUAAAGGAGGUGCAUCCCUGGACUUAAAAGCAUGCCCUCCAAAACCAGCAAAAUGGAUACUUGACAUGACCUGGCUCAACCUUGUGGCACUCAGCACACUGUGGGAGUUUUCGGAUGUAUUGGAUCAGAUUGGUCGCAAUGAAAAGCAGUGGAAGCUGUGGUUUGAUAAAGAAGCACCAGAAGAGGAAAAGCUCCCAAAUUCCUACGAUCAGGCACUAGACUGUUUUAGGCGCCUGCUUCUUAUUCGCAGCUGGUGUCCUGACCGAACUAUCGCACAGGCCCGUAAAUACAUAAUGGAUGCAAUGGGAGAGAAAUAUACUGAAGGGGCAGUUCUAGACUUGGAAAAGACUUGGGAGGAAUCAGACUCUCGAACGCCUCUGAUCUGUUUCCUGUCGAUGGGUUCCGACCCAACAGACUCCAUCAUUGCUUUGGGAAAACGACUGAAGAUAGAGACGCGAUACGUCUCCAUGGGACAAGGACAAGAGGUCCAUGCCCGUAAACUUCUGCAGCAGAACAUGGCUAAUGGUGGCUGGGCUUUACUCCAGAACUGCCACCUGGGUCUGGACUUCAUGAAUGAGCUCAUGGACAUAGUGACAGAGACAGACUUUGUCCAUGAUAGUUUCCGCUUGUGGAUGACCACUGAAGUCCACAGACACUUCCCUAUCACCCUUCUUCAAAUGUCCAUUAAGUUCACAAAUGAGCCACCACAGGGCUUGAGAGCGGGGCUUAAAAGGACCUACGGAGGCAUUAACCAGGACCUUUUGGAUGUCAGCAACAUGGCCCAGUGGAAGCCAAUGUUGUAUGGGGUUGCAUUUCUCCAUAGCACUGUGCAGGAAAGAAGAAAGUACGGCCCUCUGGGGUGGAAUAUUCCCUAUGAGUUUAACCAGGCAGACUUUAAUGCCACUGUCCAAUUUGUUCAGAACCACCUAGAUGACAUGGAUGUCAAAAAGGGUGUGUCAUGGAGUACAGUGCGAUACAUGAUUGGAGAAAUUCAGUAUGGCGGUCGUGUGACGGACGACUAUGACAAGCGCCUUCUCAACACUUUUGCCAAAGUUUGGUUCAGUGAGGAAAUGUUUGGACCUGCAUUUAACUUCUUUAAAGGUUAUAGCAUCCCAAAAUGUUCUAGUGUGGACCAGUAUCUUACAUAUAUCCAGGGUCUCCCAGCUUACGACACACCAGAGGUGUUUGGUCUGCACCCGAAUGCAGACAUCACCUACCAAAGUAAAUUGGCAAAAGAUGUGUUAGACACAAUUCUCAGUAUUCAGCCUAAAGAUAGCUCAUCAGGAGGAGGGGAGACCAGAGAGGCUGUGGUGUCCAGGCUGGCUGACGACAUGCUGAAGAAACUGCCCGCAGACUAUGUACCUUUUGAAGUGAAAGAACACCUUCAGAAGAUGGGUCCUUUCCAACCAAUGAACAUCUUCCUGCGUCAAGAAAUAGACCGCAUGCAGAGGAUCAUAGUUCUGGUCCGGAACACCCUGACUGAUCUUAAACUGGCGAUUGAUGGUACCAUCAUCAUGAGUGAGAACCUGCGAGAUGCCUUGGACUGCAUGUAUGAUGCCCGCAUUCCUGAACGCUGGAGGAAGGAAUCGUGGGCCUCCAGCACUCUGGGGUUCUGGUUUACUGAGUUACUUGAGCGUAACCGGCAGUUUCAGGCUUGGAUCUUCGAGGGGCGACCAAACUGCUUCUGGAUGACUGGCUUCUUCAACCCGCAGGGCUUUCUGACAGCCAUGAGACAGGAAAUCACCCGGGCCAAUAAAGGCUGGGCGUUGGACCGUAUGGUGCUUUGUAACGAAGUGACCAAGUGGAUGAAAGAUGACAUCAUGCAGCCCCCAGCCGAGGGUGUGUAUGUCUAUGGCCUCCAUCUGGAGGGUGCUGGCUGGGAUCGUCGCAACUGCAAACUCAUUGAUUCCAAACCCAAAGUCCUUUUUGAGAUGAUGCCCGUAAUCCGGAUGUAUGCAGAGAAUAAUGGAACGAAGGACGGCCGCCUUUAUUCCUGUCCAAUCUACAAAAAGCCAGUUAGGACGGACUUGAACUACAUUGCAGCGGUUGACCUUAAGACCUCCCUUGCUCCAGAACACUGGAUCCUGCGGGGUGUGGCACUCCUCUGUGAUGUCAAAUGAUCACUAAUCGACUAUUUCAAUGUGUGGUAAAAUGGUUCACCUUAAAAAGUAGAAGAAAAAUUAAGUCUGCACCGAAGUAUAUGCAACUAGUUAUUCAAUUGAUGCCCAGAUUUGAUUUUUCUUUUUGUUACAUGAGCUGAUCAUCAUAUUGGAGCUGUAUUAAUAUGAGAUGGGGCUUUGCAAGGCAAAAGCCCAGAUAGUAAAAUUCCCUUUUUACAUUUUUUUUUUUUUUUUUUUUGAAUGUCGUUUCUCCUGCGCGCCACAUAAAAAACGGAAUUUUCGCGCGACGCAGGGAAUUUUUCGAAUGACCCUGAAAAACAAUAAAGAAAAUUUUCAAAUGUAAUAGUCCUACAAUUUGUAGGACGGUAAGGGGCAUAAAACUUGUAUACAGAAAUUGCCAUAAACUUAUGACUCCCCCAAAAUUUGCCAAAAACUUGCCCAUUCAUUUUCAAUGGAAAAAAAAACCAAACAAAAAAAAAACUGUGUGCCCGAAUCAACGAAAGACCUGGUAUUGACAGGAAGGGUCCCCGAAAUGUCCCCAGAUUAACAGGAAGUGACCUAAUAUCAACAGUACGUGUCCCUGAAAUGUUCCCAAAUCAACAGGAAGUGAUCUAAUAUCAGCAGGUAGUCUUCUGAAAAGUGCCCAAAUCAACAUUAAGUGACCUGGUAUCAACAGGACUUCUCCCUGAAAUAUCCCCAAAUCAAAAGAAAGUGACCUGAUAUCAAGAGGACGUGUCCCCGAAAUGUCCCCAAAUCGACAGGAUGGGACGUGAUAUCAACAGGACUUUCUCCAUUGGAGUUUCUAGUUAUUAUUGUUCUCAUUUUUAAAAAAGCAUACUAAGAAAGAAAUACACAAAGAUUUAUUGAUUUGUUUUUAAGAAAAAAACAACUUAAUCAACAAAACAUCAAAACACUUUUUGAGUAGUAUUUUCUUUUCUUACAAAACCACCAUACCACAACACUUACUUAUAGCUAACCUCUACACAGAUACAAGCAGAAACCCUACACAUAUGUAAUCUCUACCCGUUUUUCUUUUACAAUGUGUGAGGUUAACCUGCUUGUGUUGUGCAAAUAGCCAAUUUUGACAAGUUGAUUCAAGUGUAAAAACAUAGCCCUACAUGAAUAUUUUACUAAAUUCAUUCAUUCAUAGACAUUCAUUGCCUCAUGCUUCUAAAAAGGUAGAUGUAGUUAUAUAUUCACGUUUCUAUGUCCGAAACUUUAGUCAGGAGGUAUUCCUCUGUAUUGUUUUGUAGUCCUCAUUUUAAUAAAAGACAAUUCAACAACCUCCUGGCCUGUAUCUUUCAAUUAAAGCACGUCAAAUUGUGUCAUUUUCAUUGGUCACGCUGAGCUGGUUAUUUUCAAAGUAGAACAAAAG